GGGAGACUUUAUUGAGGCCUUUAUUGAAAGUUUUCUCACAAUAGAAAUGAGAUCAUAUUGUCGGUAUUCGACGGUAAACUGUAUCACAAUUUGAAAAAAAUGGAACCAGAAUACUGUAUUAAGUUCAAAUAAACAGAGAAAAUAUUUGAUGAUCCCAACAUUCACAAAAGAUGUUGUAUGACCUAAUUAAAAAAUAAAAAUCAUAUGGCAUAAAGAUCCAUUGAUUUGAGGCAUUUUUUCUGCAAAUUUCUCCAUUGUAUUCAAGAAUGAACUAGAGCAUACAAAUUAUGUUAAAUUAUUCUUCUAAUUAGAAAGAAUUAGAUUAAGAUUCACCAUGACAAAACUUGAUACAGAAUUCCAGCUUCUUCUUUCAAAAAUCAGUGACCAAUUGGACAUAGAUGAUGUCAAAAGUUUUAGAUUUAUAUUAAAAGCAGAAGAAAAAAUUCCAGUUCAAAAUUUAGAUGCAGCAACGACAGGGGAAGACAUUUUCCAUUUAAUGACAAAACAUGGCCUUUUGUCAAAAACAAAGGCAGACUUAUUGAUAAGUUUAUUGAAAGAAAAGAACUUGCAGCCACUUGUAAAUCAACUGGAGAAAUUCAAAACAGAAAAUAAAGAAGAACUGUCAAAAUCAGUGGAAGGUCCUUGUAAUAUACAAGAUGAUAUGGUUGUGGAGCAUUUCAUGGAAACCACCAAGUUAGUAGAGCUUACUUCUAAAAUGGACAUUGAAAACUUUGCUGUUCUAUCAGGAUUAACUGGAUGUGGGAAAACCCAGUUGGCCUUGACCUUUGCUUGUAAUUUUCGUAAAGAUCAUGUAGAAAGCAUUUGUUGGAAGAUAUAUUGUAAGGAUGAGAUAACACUAAUGAAUUCCUUGAAGAAAUUAGCAGAUAAAUUGGGUCUUGAAAAAGAAAGCACACAGACAGAAAAUAUUGAUAACGAGGAUUCCCUAGAUGAACUACGAAAGUUAAUUCAAAAAGAAUUACGUAAAAAUACAAAUGGUCCAAAUCUGAUAAUUUUGGACUAUGUCACAGAUGAAACCAAAAUUCAAUGUCAGAAAUUGAAAGACACUCUUUUGAAAUUGAACUUGAAAGUAAUUGUAACAACUUGGGAUUCAACAUUUUGUGAUACAGAAAACAUCAUCAUAGUCAAUGGCUUCUCAGAAGACGAAGCAGUUAUGUUUUUACGAAACAAGAAGACAGAACUGAAUUCAAAAGAGGAAAAAAGUUACAGAGAGUUGGCACAAAUGCUUGGUAACCAUCCAUUGUUACUGUAUGGAGCAAGGAGUUGUAUGGCUUCAUCAAAUCAAACACCAAAGAAAUUCAUCAAAUAUUUGCGAGGAAGCAAAUCCUCUGAAAUGGAUAAAUUUGUAAGAUCUGUAUCAGACCCAUCCAGAAACAGAGCAGUCUUUAAAAUAUUGCAGGAAUAUUUAGAAAUCUUAAAGAAUGAUUAUGGAGAAGAUGUUUUUGAUAUGGUGCAAGCCUUACAAUUUUUUGCUCUAGAAGAUAUCCCUGUCCUUCUGUUUGAUUUUUUUCCUAGAAGAAAACAGAAUCAUCAAGGAUUCAACACUACGAACUUCAUUCAAGCCAUCAAAAAGUUUUCAUUUGGUAUCGUUCGGGGAGUUGAUGAUGAUCGAUUUAUUACAACACACUUAGCUGUUGUGAAAACCAUAGAAGAAUCAAUGUCGGAUGACAAAAAAGCCAUACUUAUCAAAAACAUCUUGACAGCUUUGAUGUGGCUUAUGGACAAAGAUAAUUACAAUCCAAAUGAUUACGACAGAAAUUAUCGUCUACUACCCCAUGCUAUAUCAGUAUUACAACACGUUAAAAAAUUGAAGGCAGAAAAUCUGAAUGUCUUGUGUGAAUUUGAAUCGAAUGUGCUCUUGGCUUAUGUGUACGACAUAGUUGGGUACACAUAUAAUUUUUUCGGAAUUUUGAAAAAUGCCGGGGAACAUUCAACGGCUGCCAAAGAAGCAUGUUUUGCCAUAAUAGGUAUAUCAGAAGAAGAUAUUGAAAAACAGGUCAUGCAAAGAUGCUGUCGUGACGACCAUCAUAGAACAUGGGAAACAUUUGCAGAAGAGGAGGCAGAUAUCAUUUUUAAACAAAUUAAAGCUCAGAUUGGCGAUCAUGAAAAAAAUGCACUUUUGUGUAAGAUGGCAAAACAGUUUGCAUUGAAUAAGUACAGGGGUCAUGAUCACUUAAAAAAACUUGAAGAAUAUUUGGAUGAUGAACUUGAAGAAGAGUAUCGUUUGACGGAAAAAGAAUAUAACACCCUUUGUAAACAGCAUCUUGCCUUGCCAGAAGAUCAACUUGGGGGCAUAUUUUUAUUUGAAAUUGUAUUACAAGUUUUUUAUACUUAUGGAAGGAGAAUUUUCUAUUUGGGUGAUGCUUUUGACAAAGAUUUGGCAAGGUCCUUUACUCAUUCUUUGUUUUUGGCAAAGGCAUUAGGUCAAAGAAUUGCCAGUGAAUAUCCAGAAUGGAAGAUUCUCUAUGUCAUGCUUACAGAACUUAGUGGAACCUUGCAGCUCAGAUUUGAAGACAAAGCAGAUCUCCAACUCAAAACAUUGGAAAGUCUUGAAGACGCAGCUGAACAGUUUAAGAGAUUAUUAGAAUACAAUUCUGAAAACUUUAAUUAUGGGGUAAUAAAAUCUGGACCAGAAAAUGCACAGCAUGUCCAUAUUUGUUGCAAGCGCUUGGUGAAGUGUUAUACAAGCAUGACUGAGAUUACAUCAGAUGAAAAAAAACUAAAAAAAAUACACGAAAUGGGCGACAAAUACAAUGCCAUGCUUAAUGACACUCAGUUGUCAUGUAGAUCUAUGACUGCUGGGAAACUUAGAAAUGCAGAAUUUUCCUUACGUCGGGGAAACUAUAAAGAUGCUGAAAUGGGAUUUCAAUUUGUUGCGCCAGAGGAUAUGAUAGGAGAUCAGGAGAUCAUAUCAGCAAAAUUCACCCACCAUGAACUACAAGCUUUAAAGGGACUGACUAAAUGUUAUUCAUUAAGCGGUCAAACUGAAUCAGCUAAAACACUAGCCAAUAGAAUAAAGAUUAGACUAGGAGAGGCUGGAGAAUAUGAAGAAUUACGACAUUUUAAUAAUUUGUUGCAGGAGUUGGGCUUGUCUUCUAUAGUAGAGUAAAAAUUAGGAAAAUAGCUAGGAAUUGUAAAUACUCUGUGUCGUAUUUCUGAAAGGAGUAGGUCUAGUUAGACCCCUGUUUGGCCCAAAAUUAAACAGUUUUACAAAAUUAUUAAAAUGUUAACUUUUAGUUAUUUAUUGGAAAGUAGAAUACUUGUUCUACAUACUUAUGGGCUGUUUUUGACAAUAAAAUGCACAUAUAUUGUGUACUAGCAUCAUUAAGUCUUGCUAAAUUAAUGAAAUCUUUCACUAUUUUAGUAUAAUUUUAGACGGUUUCUGUCUUAAAAUGGAGAUGGCUGCAUUUGUGGUCAUUCUUAAUUUCUUAAUGUAAGUUGUAUUUGAUGAUGUUCAUAUAAUAUAUAAAGUUUGAGAGUUAUCAAGGAUGCGGCCAUUUUCAUUUUGACAAAAAAACAUCUGAAAAGUGACAUAUUAUGGCAUAUUUGAUAGAUUUUUAAGAUUAAAGCUUGGAUUUGGGUAUUUCUAUUGACUAAAUCAGUUCAAAUUUUUCACAUAAACUAAUUGAACUGACUGAAGUAGACACUAAAGUGUUUAAUAAGUUUUCAGAAUCUUUCAUUAGAUGAACCUGAAAUUUGAGGCCAAACGGGCCCUUACAAACCCUUAUUAACUCCUUUACCACAAAAUAGAAUUUCACAGUUUUUAUGUUUAAUUUUCUCAUUUUGUUUUUGUUUCUUGUUGGAAUUAAUAAAAAAAAAUCUGACUUUAAUCAGAGAGCAAUUUUUUUUCUUUCGUAAAGGUUACUGUAAACCAACUUAUUUUCGCGAGGGAUUUAUUUUCGCGACUUUCGCGAGUAGAAAAAUAACAUGAAUUUAAAUCGUCGCGAAUAUGUAUCAUUUGGAUCUUUUCUUAUUUAAACACCUCAUCACGAAAUUAAAUAGCCGGGAGAGGCCUAGAUAGGACCUAACGGGAAAUUAAGUAUCCGCAAAAAUAAGUUGGUUUACAGUAUGUUGUUUUCUGCCAAAAUUAUUCCUUUAGUAAAUUAAUGCUUUUAUAUGGAAAAAUACUAGGGUUGUACUUCUUUAACUAGGUUUUUUAGGGUAAAAAUUACAUGAAAGGCAAUAAAAAAUUUAUGUUAAUGCUUUUAUAUAUUUUAAUGCUUUUAUAUAUUUUAAGACUUUGAUAUCUUUGAAUUUUGAUGAUCGUAUUUUGUUUACGUUGUAAUAAAUAAAAAAAAUCUGAUUGUAAUGGCAUUUUUUUUUUAAUGGCUUGUUUUAUACCAAAAUUAUACAU